AUGCUUGCUGUUCUGGGACUCACUAAUAGCUUAUCAAAGGCUCUGCAGAAGAACGAUCAAGAGAUCUUGAAUGCUAUUUCACUAGUGGAAUCUACUAAGCGGCAGUUGAAUAAGCUUAGAAAUGAUGGAUGUGAUGAUUUUGUGGCUCAAGUUUGUUCUUUUGGUGAGAAAAAUAAUACAGAAGUGCUCACUAUGGAGGAGGAAUUUGUUGAUUCAAUAAGGCCAAGGAAGAAAAGCGGAAAAACCAAUUUGCAUCACUACAAGAUAGAUUGUUUUUACAGUGUCUUGGAUAUGCAGCUUCUAGAGUUUAACGUCCGUUUUGACGAGGUAAACUCUGAACUACUUGUUUCUAUGGCAUCAUUAAGUCCGAUAGAUUCAUUUCACCAGUUUGAUAAAUCAAAGCUGGUUAGAUUGGCUGAGUUUUAUCCAGAUGAUUUUAGUUUGUUGGAGCUAAGAUCUCUUGAUCAUCAACUUGAUAUCUAUCUUGAUAAUGUGCAAAGAGAUGAAAGGUUUUCUAAGUUAGAAAGUCUUGGUGAUCUUGCUCGUGUAAUGGUUGAGACAAGGAAGCAUUUUUCUCAUCCUUUGGUUUAUCGACUUUUGAAGCUCUGUUUGAUUCUUUCUGUUGCGACCGCAACUGUCGAGAGGUAUUCCAUAAGACAUGAAGGUACAAACAUAUGCAUUCCUCAUGCUGCCGUAGCAUACAUUGCAUUGCUCAUAGCAGAGCCUCCACUUCUGUUUGAAGAGGAGAUACUCCCAGCCACAGAUUACAUGUGCCCAAAAGCUUCUCACCUAUCUCCAUAUUAA